UGAGACUCCUUUUCCUUACUAACUAUCUUCUUAUACUUUCAUACAUAGAAUAAGAGCGAUGGAGAAUUGGGAAAAUCUUUGUGGUGAGAACAAUUGGGAGGGGUUGUUGGAACCAUUGGACGAUAAUCUUCGUCGUCUCAUCAUCCACUAUGGAGAAAUGGUUGAGGCAACCUACACUGCCUAUGACUCAAAUGAAGACUCGACGACUGGUUGCAAGUACACUAAAGAAAAUCUCUUCUCUGAGGUCGGCCUAGGAAAAGGUUUUGCGAAGAAAGAUUACAUCAUAACCAAUUUCAUCUACGCUACAGCCUCCUUCGCACCUUUCGACAAGGACACCAACUGGAUGGGGUACAUCGCAGUUGCCACAGAAGAAAGAAAAAAUGAGCUUGGGAGGAGGGACAUUGCGGUUGCUUGGAGAGGGACAAAGGAGUUGUCAGAGUGGACUAAUAAUAUGCUGGCUAUGAAGAAACCUGCUUCCAAGAUGAUUGAUCAUCCACAUAUGUCUUCACCUUUCUCUUCCUUUCCAAAUAUAGAGGUUCUUGAAGAGGUCACAAAACUGGUAAAGAAGUAUAAGAAUGAGACGGUUAGAGUGAUUGUGACUGGACAUAGCCUUGGAGGAGCCCUUACAAUCCUAAACGCAGCUGAUAUUUCGGUGGCUCUGAACUUAGGGAUUUCGCUGACAAAUAUAAGGCAAACUUUCACAUCCUAUAUACGGAUAGAGAAUAAACCCGACGUUGUCCCCGACCUCCUCCUACGGAUGGAAAAUCUAUUUCACGGGGUAAAGGAUAAAAUAAAUGACGGCCUUGAAUGGAUAAAUAAUAUAAUCGACAUAAAACACCACCUCCCAAACCACAUUAGUUAUUAUAUGGAUGUCGGAGAAGUGCUAUUAGUGGACACAGAUAAAUCAAAUGACCUAAAAGAAAGGGAUUUAGAAUUGGCUCAUGAUAUGGAGAUCUAUCUUCAUGGUGUUUUCGGAACACUUGGAGGAGCAAACGCUGGUUUUAAAAAGGUGGAGAGGGACAUUGCGUUGGUGAACAAGCAUGGUGACUAUCUCAAGGAUUCGUAUGGCAUCCCGACCUCUUGGUGGAAUAAGCCCGACAAGGCCAAGAUGGUCCAAAUUCAAGAUGGAUCGUGGAAGGAAUUGCCAUGAAAGAGAGAUUGGAUCAAAAAGAAAUUACAACUCGUUUGAUCAACCCAUUUGAUUACUCUAUAUAUAUUUUUGGCAAGAGAGUAAAAAUUGCAAUGAAAAUUCAUUAAA